AAUUUCUGUUUAUUAUUUUUCACAUUGGAUUUUUAGAAUUAAAUUUUAAUAUGAUUACAUUAAAUUAAAUUUGAUUUAAUUGUCAAUCAUUUUUUACAUAACAAAAGGUUAUAUAUUUAUAUAUUUAUAUUUGGUGUUUAAUGGCUUUUGAUGGAGAUGGCGGACGAUUUACAGGUAAUUUUGUUUUGUCCUGCAUGGUGACAUUAAUUGUAAUUUUAUAUACUUUAUAAUUUUAUAUUACAUUUACAUAAAUACGUUUAUGUUCACGUAGUUAUUGUCAAUUACUUUGUUUAAUGUUUUUGUAUUAUUUAAUGUUUUACCUACAGUGUUUAGUUUUUAAUUUAUUAUUUAAUACCUUCUAUACAGUAAUAUCUAGUAUGAAAUAUUAGUCUGAAAAGAUAUUUUCUUUAAAUUUAAUUUAAGUAUAUAUUGUUUUAUAAUCGUUGAAUUUGAUUCUUGGUAAAUAAUUGUUUUUUUUUUUAUUAUAAGUCACUGAAUUUGGAGAAUAUUCUCUGUGUUUUGUUUAUAGCAUAGUUGUCACCGUUUAUUGAACUAUCUGAAUACUUAUCAACUUGAAUUCAAGUUAAAUUUCAAUUUAAGUUGAAUUAUUUGUUUAAAAUGAAAAAUUGUAUAUGUCUGCACAUUGUAUAUAGAGCCUGGAGGCUCUGUCAAGUUGGUAUACCAACCCCCCACAGUUGUUCUAGUAGUAGUUCUAAUAGAUAUUAGUGCAUAUAAUUCUGAAAUACCAAUAAAGUGCUUCACAGAGAGGUUAUAUUUAUUGAUUAUGUACCACGGAUAUGAACAAUUUUCUUUUGAGGAUUUUCAACAUUAAUCAUCAAUCAGGGAAAGAGUUUUGUAGACUUAAGGGCUUCACCCCUCCUAUUUGGAUAUGCACUUUGUACAACCUUCGGUUUUAAUGAUGUCCAAAUGGCGUGUUAUUUUUUACAUCGGGAAAAAAGUAAAUGGUGAUCACUUUUAAACAAAAAUUACAAACAUUCAAAUUAACCAAGAAAAUCACAUAGGUAAUUUAGGAUAAUAUAAAUAGGAAAUUAAAAAAAAAUGUAUAAAUAACAAGCCCAUGAGGAACUAUUACUCAUAUAAUGAACAGUUCCAAUAAAGCUGUAAAGAUUAAAUAUCUUGUAUAUUUGCAGACUUGUUAUAUUAUUCCACAUCUUAGAUAUACUAUUUUCCAUCCAUAAUCAAUUUGAGAGACAAGCAUACAUUUAGUUAAAGAGUAGUUGUCUUAUAAACUGCCUUAUGUAUUUAAGUAAAGUAGGUAAUUAAUUUUAUAAACUUCAAAAAUAAUACAUUAUAAAUGCUUUUUAUGUGUAAGAAAAAUUUCAAAAUUACCAUUUUUUUUUUUUUUUUAUGGGUUUAAAAUGUUAAAUAAACAAAAUAGAUUUGACCUUAAUUUCUUUAUGAUUACAAAAAAACAACACAAUAUGCCAUAAUAGUUCACCCAAAAAGUAAACAUUUUCCUGUUAAUGAUUAUAUUAUCAUUACUAAACUUGUCACAAAUCAUUUAUUAUUACUUUUUCUUUAUAAAUAUCUUAAAAUAGUACUAAGUUAAAAUAUUAUAGGUACAGUGAAACCCCUAAAUACCGGAUACUCUUGGUCGCUGAAAUUUUGUUUUUGCUAUUCAGAGGUAUCCGUUAUUUCGAGAGAGACAUUGUAUUUUUAUUAAAAUUAAUAAUUAAAUCAAUUUUAUUUUAUUUUUACAUUAAUUAAAUACAUCUUAAAGUUACAACAUUUCACAGAUGCAAUUAUAUGUCAAUAACUGGACGAAUAAUAUAAGAUAUACAUCAUGCAUAGUAUAAUAAUGUACAUACAUAGUAAUAAAAGAUAACUUAAUAGUGUAGACUUUUAUUUAAGUAUUCUACAAUUAUUCUUAAUUUACAAUAAAAAUGAUCAAUAUCAAUGUUAAAAAGUGCCUGUUAUUUAGAGUAUCCUGUAUUUAGAGAUUUUCCUAUGUACUUUCGGGUUGUCAUUUUUUGAUUUUCUCAGGUGCUUUCAUAAUAAAUGGGAAAAAAGGUAGGAAAAAUGUACGAAGUUUAUUAUUUUCAAAUUGUAAAUAUUACAGCUUUUCAAAACAUAUAUAACUGAGCUCUAUUCAGAAUGUUUUUUGUUCGCAAAGAUUAACCCUUGCAUACAGAUAUAUAUUAAAUUCCCCUCUAUAUUCUAUCAUCCUAACUUUUCACCUACAGCCCAUCGUACGAAGUAUAUCCGUAUUUUUUAAUACUGAUGGUUCUCAAUAUAAAAUUGUAUUUAUUUAUCAAAAUUAAAUUACACAUGUAGUUUAUUUUAAAAUAAAAAUGUUAAUCUGUAUCAUGAUGUUAAGGUUUAGUUUUAAAUUUUUUACAUAUCGAGGAUAUUAUAAUUUGUGUACAUUUUUUGUGAAAAUAUUAAUUUUUUAUAGAGUAUUCGCAGUUUGGAGAUGCUAUGCAAACAAAUGUACGAAUCAAGGGAUGCGGCUCUUUGUGUAGAAGCCGAAAAAGCGUUGGUUUCAUUUCAAAAUAGUAAUACGCCUGAUACGCUUUCCAAGUGUCAAAUGCUAUUAGAAAGAGCUGACUCACAUUAUUCUCAACUUUUAGCAACUACAACUAUUACUAAACUUUUAUCACGCACUCCAUUAACUCUUAACCUUGAUCAAAGAAUACAAAUCAGUAAGUUUUUAACUAUAAAUCAAAAUUGGUUCUUGGUUCAUAAUAAUUUUAAUUUUAGGAAAUUACAUUUUAAAUUAUUUGGCAACACGUCCCAAAUUACCAUCAUUCGUGGUUCAAGCACUUGUACUGUUAUUUGCAAAAAUUACUAAACAAGGAUGGUUUGAUGGAGAAAAAGAUUCUUUUGCAUUUAGAAAUGUUGUGUCUGACAUUUCAGUAUUUUUACAAGUCAGUAAUAAUUUUUUUUAUUUGUCAUUACCAAUAUUUCAGUACUAUUAUUAUUAACUAACAAUAAAAUAUAAACAAUUAACAAUGUAAGAAAUACAUUUUUGAAGUUUGAAAUGUAGGAAUAAAAGUAAUUUAAUUUAAACCCUAAAUGCAAUAUUAAAUCAUUGCAAAAUAAUUUAUAAUUUUUCAUGUUUUUAUUAAAUUUGUUAAAAUUUUAUUAAAACUUAAAAAACAGUUAGGGAAUCACACUCAUAAUAAAACCAAUACACUUAAUUCUUAAACUUGGUUGUUCAAAAGUAUAUUCAGUUAUCUAAUAAUUGAGGUAAAUAAAUUUGCGAAAACAGUUAGUUCAUUAAACUAAUUACUAUGUUCAAAGUAUGCCUAUUGGAGGCUAGGUUUAGAAACUUUAUUUUAAAACAGACUAAUAAAACUAAAUAUAAAUAUUCUUCAACUGUCAAAAUUGACUUAAGUAGAAUUUUUCUAAAAAAAUCAAAAAUCUGUCACUGAAUAUUGAAUAUCACCUUAGUAUUUUCGAAAUUAAUCUAUCACUAGUAUUAAUAGUAUCAGGAAUAGAAAACAUUCUAUAGUUACAAUUAUGUACAAAUAGUUUUAUUAUUAUUUAAAAAUGAAGCUGUUAAUAAGUAUAAUGAAAUAUUUUAGGGAAUGAAUGUUGAACAUUGCAUGAUUGGUGUACAACUAUUAUCUCAAUUAACAACUGAAAUGAAUACAGUGGCUGAUGUAGAAUCUCAUCGAGCUGUAUUAAAGCAUCGCAAAGUGGCAUCAUCAUUCAGAGAUACGCAAUUAUUUGAAAUUUUUCGAAUGUCAUGUCAAAUGUUAAGAAGUGCUAAUGAUAAUCGAAAAAAUUUAAAUUUUACUGAUGAAACUCAAGUAAAAUAUUGCUAUUGAAUUUAUGGUUAUCAAAUAAUGUUUAUUAUGUUACAGUUUAAAUCCAAAAUCUGUCAAAACUAUCAAAGUUAACUACUAGUCAACUAACCAGUUAAAACAAGGUUUAAUUUAUUCCGGCAAAAUUAGUUUAACUAAAACAUGUAUUAGAAUUUGUAUUAUCUAAAACAUGUAUGACCACUGAUGAUCUAUAAAUAUUAAUUGAUAAAUUUAAUGGCCUGCUAUCUAACUAACUAAAAUAAUUUAGACUAUUUUUCUAUCAAAUCAAUUUAUUUCUUACACAUAGCUUUCGUCUCUGUGUAUUAAAUUUCAGACAAUUUUCCAUCCAUUUUGGCACAACAAAACGCAGUCUGUGUCAAAAACAAUUAGAUCAUGUAUAAUUCUAAAUGCAAAGAUAGUUUUAUUUCAAAUAUCAAUAUGUCCCCAUACUUAUUUCUGCAUUGCCUAGUUCAAAUAAUAUAUAAAUAUUAAAUAUACACUUCUUACAAUCAAUCAAUCAAAUUUUACUUAAAAUAAUUGUUGAAAUUAUUAUUAACUUCUCAAAAAACACAUAGAAAUUAUUUGUUGCGAGACGCUAAAGGUUCUUGGUUUCAUUUUUCGCUCCUAACUAUUCCACCUAGUUCUGUCCCUCAAAAUUCUCUACUGUACUUUAUUGAGACCCACCAUUGAGUACAGCAGCGUGCUGUAAGAUCUCAAAACUGUAUCAGCUAGCGCUUCUAUGUAAAGAGUUCAGAAAAGGUUUCUUCAAGCUGUUUCUUUCAGAUUCCAUAUUCCUUGUCCUGUCUCCCACAAUUGUUCUACACCAGUUGAGGACUAAGGGCUGGUAAGUAAUAUUUUAUUACUGUCAAAUCUCCUCAUUGACUAAAAUUGACUCUCCUACUCUUCUCUCCCUCAUUAAUUUUAAAAUCCCAUUUCGAUUCCAUGUUCCAUUCUAUAUUCCUCAUUCAUCUACUAAUUUCCUUAUAAAAUCCUCCAUCAACCUAAUGCAGAUCGCUUACUUUACCCCUUCUUUUUUUAUUUAAGUUAAUACUAUGUAAUAAAUGUAAUUAAAUAUAACAUAAAUUAGCUAUAAAAAUAUAAUUUUCAAUGUAAAUUAGACUUGUCUUAUAUAAUUAAUUCUGAAAAUUAAUUUUCUCGCAAUAAUUUUAAUUUCCACCUAUAUAUUUCAGAUACAGUUAGUUCUAACUAUUUAAAACCAGUUUUGACAAAAGAGGUUUAUGGAAUCUAGUUUUGACUGAUUUCUGGUUUUAACCUCUAACAUACAUUUCAUUAUAAUAUUUUUGUUUCAAUAUUUUUAUUUGUAUUCAUUGUAUUUGUUUUAGCAUGGAUUUAUGUCUCGUUGUCUACAGUUAGCUCAAAAUUGUCUGACAUAUGAUUUCAUCGGCACAACUUGUGAUGAAUCAUCCGAUGACAUUUGUACUGUUCAAAUACCUACUGGUUGGCGACCAGCAUUCCUUGAACAAUCUACCCUAACAUUAUUUUUCGAUCUCUACCAUUCCCUACCACCUAGUUUAUCAAGCCUAGUAAGGAUAUAUUUAUACAACAUGAGUUCUAAUAAAAUUGAUCAUAUUAAUAUCAUUUUCAGGCAUUAUCAUGUUUAGUACAAUUAGCUUCAGUCCGACGUUCCUUAUUUAGUACAACUGAAAGAGCUAAAUUUUUGUCUCAUUUAGUGAAUGGUGUCAAAGAUAUUUUACUUAAUCCUCAGGUAUUAUCCAAUUAUGGUAUGAUAUGAUAAAAUUUCUUGUGACAAUUUACUCUGGUGAUUUAUUAAAUUGAAAAAUUGUUUUUAAAUUUUAACUAAUUUGAAGAAUUUAACUUUUAAAAAUUGUAAUUACUAUAGUAAAUUAACUUUUUAUUGGAUAGGGUUUAGCUGAUUCAAAUAAUUACCAUGAGUUCUGUCGUUUGUUAGCAAGAUUAAAAUCAAAUUAUCAGCUUGGAGAACUUGUAAUGGUUGACAGUUAUCAAGAAACUGUUGGUCUUAUUGCUAAAUUUACUGUUGAAAGUUUGCAGGUAAUUUAUGCAUUUUAAAUAAUUAUUACGAUUUUACAUUGAGCUAAAACACUUCAAAAUUCUGAUUUAUCAAUCACUUUUAAGUCAGCUUUUUGAGAAUUUGAAUGCUUAUAUACUAGAACUAAUGUCUUCUGUUUUUUUUUUAUAAGAUUUAUUUGUAUUUGAUUUCAAAUGUUCAGUAUAAUGAUAUUUUAUGGAUAUGUAUGAUCAUUGAUACAUCUUUUGUUAGAAAUAGUCUAAGAAAUUAAGAAUAAUGUUGAAGGUCAGUCACUGGCUUAAUAGUAAAGCAAGUGACCUGAUUUGUAUCACUAUUUUCCAAUAUUUAACAAACUAUAAACUAUUAUUUUGUAUAUAAUUGCUUGUGUUUCUUUCUUAAUGAAAUGAUAAACUUGAUUGUUUUAUUUGUUUUAGCUAAACUGUUAAUCAAAUUGAUUAUAUAGAAAACUUUUAUUAAUAAUUCAUUUGUUUUAAAUUAGGUCAUUUGUUUUUAUUAUUAUUAUUAUAUUUGUGUAGGUUUAUCAAUGUGCCCCAAAUAGUUUUCAUUAUUUGUUAAGCUUUUGGCAACGAAUGGUAGCAUCAGUACCUUAUGUAAAAGCUGCAGAACCUCAUUUAUUGGAAACAUAUACUCCGGAAGUUACUAAGGCAUACAUAUCCUCAAGAAUAGAAAGUGUUACACUUAUAGUGAGAGAUGGUCUAGAUGACCCAUUAGAUGAUUUUACUAAUGUUCAACAACAGCUUGAGCAACUUUCUGUAAUUGGUAGAUGUCAUUAUCAAAAAACAUGUUCAUUAAUUGCUCAGUUAUUUGAUCAAUCAGCGACUACCUAUCAAGAAAUUAUUGCUUCACCUUCUGCUUCAAUUUAUGAUCUAAAGAUUCAGGAAGGUAUACAUUAAUUUAUACAUUUUUUUAUUUUAGUUUAAUAUAAUUAAUACUAUAUUGACAAAUCCUCAAACCGAAUGACUUAUAUCAGAUUACCCUGUUAUAAUGUUAUUGAAAUUAUAUUUUAUGUUGUUAUUUACAUCAACAUUUUAGAAAAACAUUCAUUUAUAAUUAGGUCGCUUAACUUGGUUGGUAUACUUAAUUGGAGCUGCAAUUGGAGGACGAGUAACAUUUAAUAGUAAUGAUGAUGGAGAUGCAAUGGAUGGAGAAAUGGCUUGUAAAGUUCUGCAAUUAAUGACUUUUAGUGAUUCAAGACUUCCACAAGGAGGUUAUGAAAAAUUAGAACAUUCAUUUUUAUUUUUUUUUGAACAAUUUCGAAAAAUUUAUAUUGGUGAUCAAGUAAGAAAAACUAUAUAUAAAUUAAUUUAAUUAAUAUUAUUAUAUUUAUAUAAUCAAAUACUGUAUAAUGAAUUAUCAUUAAAUUAUCUUAGGUACCUAAGAAUUCAAAGGUUUACCGAAGACUACAUGAUGUUCUGGGAAUUAGUGAAGAACACAUGGUUCUUAGCAUUUUUAUGAGAAAAAUGUAAGUCAAGUUUUUAAUUAUUAUUUAUAAUAUUUGAAUUUUGUAUAAUUUUUUUUAAUUUCUAGUAUAACAAAUUUAAAAUUUUGGUGCUCGAGUAAUACAGUUAUUCAAAAAACAUUAGCAUUAUUGAAUGAUCUAUCAGUUGGGUUUUCUAGUGUCAGAAAAUUAGUAAAACUUGAUGAAAUUCAGUUCCUAUUAAAUAAUCAUACAGUAAUACCUUAAUUUUAGUCUAUUUUGUGUUUUAUAUUUUGUUAAAAUAUACUUCUAAUUAUUUCAUAUUUUUUUUUUUCAAAAGAGUGAACACUUUCCUCUAUUGGGUAAUACAUUUAGUGUUAAAGAUAUGAGACAUCGAUCAUCAUUCUAUACUUCAUUGGGUAGACUACUUAUGAUUGAUUUAUUAGAAGAUGAAGAUAAAUUUGAUAAUUUUAUGAUUCCACUUACGGGUAAAUUUGUUCAAAAUAAAUAAUAUUUAUUUUAUAAUAUAUUUAAUUUUUAAUACUUGUUUUGAACUUAGCAUCUGUUGAGUCAAUAGGAGCUUUAUUAGCUACAGUUAAUGGUGUAAAUGAUUCAUCAGUGUACUCAAAUAUUGAAGCAAAGAAAGCUCUAAUUGGCCUCAUAAGAGAUCUUAGAGGUUUAGCUUUUUCUUUCAAUACUAAAACAUCAUUUAUGUUACUUUUUGAAUGGUUAUAUCCAUCAUAUACACCAAUUUUAUUACGUUCAAUGGAACUAUGGUAUGCUGAUCCUGAAAUUACAACUCCAUUGCUCAAACUCUAUGCUGAAUUAGCUUUAAAUCGAUCCCAAAGGCUUCAAGUUGAUGUAUCAUCUCCCAAUGGUAUAUUAUUGUUUCGUGAAGCUAGUAAAGUUGUUUGUACUUAUGGUAAGAAUUCAUUAUUUUUAUAAUUAAAAAAAAACCUUUAAUUAAAAAAAAAAACUCAUUGAUUUCAGGCAAUAACAUUUUAAAUCUUGACGUUCAACAAGAUAUGAUGUAUAAAAAAAAACUGAAAGGCAUAUCAAUAUGUUUUUCUAUGUUAAAAGCAGCAUUAUGUGGAAAUUAUGUGAAUUUCGGUGUUUUUAAACUUUAUGGUGAUGACACUUUAGAAAAUGCUCUUAAUAUAUUUGUUAAAUUAUUACUGUCCAUCCCUCUUAGUGAUCUUAUGGUAAGUUAAUUGUAUAUUACAUUGAAACCUUAGACAUGUCCUUAGUAAAUUAUAUAUUACUAUAUAUUACUUCAGAUUAUCGGAGUAACUGAUUAGAACUUAAAUGAAGGUUUUAAACUAAAUUAAUAAUUUGAAUAUAUUUUGUUUAUGGCUUUAUUAAAAAUAUAUCAUUAUUUAUGGUAUUUAUUUUAUAAAUUCGGUAUAUUUUUUAAGUAUUUUACAUUUUUUAUUUUACUAUAAAAAUAAUUACAUUAAUUUAUAUUUAAAUAAUGUUUUGUUUUAUUGUUUAUAGAAUUAAAUUUUUUUUUUUUAUGAUUUUAACAUUUACACAUUAAGUUUAGUUUUUUUGUGGUGAACACUAUAUAAAAUAAUGUACAUAAUAUAGUAAUAAUAUUAGAAAACAAUAUAAAAUUUAAAUAUUUAAAAACUAAACUAUCCAAUGUGACAUAAUUAUUGAAUUAAGUACACACUUUCAAACUAAUUAUAACAGUUUAAUUGACAUGCAAUGAUUUACUAUUGCUAAGAAUCGUUUUUGAAAAAAGUGAUACAUCUUUCUAUACUACCUUGUUUUAAACAUAAUUGCAAAAAAAAACACACUGUUAAAUUAUUUAAUGUUAUGCUUUAUUAUACUGCAUUUAAAUAAUAAUGUCCUGUGAAUGGAUAUUAAAUUUUUACAAAAAUAAUGUUUCUGUUUACAUAUCAUACAAUGUGAUUGAUCAGUGAACUUAAAUAUAAUUUUACAAUUCUUGGCAUUUUAAAAUCAGCUGGAUUUAGUUUACAGACAGAAUACAGAGGUUCUUUUCAAUUCUUCAUUAUCUUUUUCUUUAAGUAUACUAACUGUAAUAUUUAAAAUUUAAUGCUGAAUAAAAAUACUUUUAUAAUUAUUAUGUCUGUGAGUCUGAGUAGAAAAUUAUGUGAUUUUUUUUUUGAAAAACGCUUGUUAUGAAUUCAUCUAGGAAAUUUAAUUUAGAAACUAUACAUUAUAUAUAAUUGUAUUAAACAAUCUUACUAUCUUAACAUUUAUUGAAUUAUUAAAAAUUUAAGUACAUUUGUAUUUAAAUCUUAGUCUAUAACUUUCAAUAAUUUAAUAUUGUAAAACCAUAUUUAUUUAUAGCAUUAUCCUAAAUUAUCACAAACAUACUAUGGUCUGCUUGAGUGUCUUGCUCAAGAUCAUAUGGAAUUCUUGUCAACUUUAGAACCUCAAGUAUUUCUAUAUAUACUUUCAUCUAUAUCUGAAGGAUUGAAUGCAUUAGGUAAGUUAAAUGUUAAUAUUUUAUUAUAACUCAAACUCAAUAUAAAUUACAGUAGAUCUUAUAAAAUAUAUAUUUUUGUUUGAAAUUGAUACAAAUUUAAUUUACUUCUUUGUUUUUAAUAUAUGUUAGAUGUUUUAGAUAAAACUGUGUCUUAAGACGAACUUGCCUUUUAAUCGUUAAUUUUUAGUGGAAAAUCUUCUAUAAUUAUAAAAUAUUAACUAUAGUAAUAUAUAUUAAAUAAAAUCUAUGUUAUUUAUCUUUUUAGAAAUGGUUUAAAAUUUAAUAAUUUUUUUUUAACUUUCAAAUUUUAUCGCAUUGAAAUCUAUUCAAAAAAUUAUAAAAUUAAAUAAAACUUGUCACAGUGGUUAAAAUAUCUAUAGAUUUUUAAUUCAAUAAAAUAUUUAAACUAACAUAUUUUUAUGAAAUAUACUGCAAAAAAAAAAAAAAUUAUACAUAUUCUUCCAACAUAAAAAUAUACAAUUAUAUGUAAAAACAAAUAUUGUUUAUUUAAUUUCUUAAUACUAUUAUCAUGCACAUUUUAUAUAAAAAUCCACAUUCUAAUCAUAAGGAACAAGUUAAAUUUGUAAGGUACAAUCGAACAAAUUUAACAAACAUUUCUCAAAUAUUUUUUUGAGUACUUAAUUUGCUGGAAAAUACAUCUGUCAAAAAAUUUGAUGUCUAUUAUAUAUUUCUUUCCUAAUAAAGAUGUCUUAUUUUGUGACUUCUUAUUGUGUUAUUAAUUAUAUCAAUUAUUAAUUUUAGAUAUGUCUAUAUGCACAGGAUGUUGUACUACUCUUGAUCAUAUUGUAACUUAUGUAUUUAAACAAUUAUUAUUAAAAGGUAAAUAUUCUAAUUAAAUAUUAAAUAAUGAAGGAGUAAUUCUGUUAUUUUCUUCUUUCUUGACUUUAUUUCCAACUAAUUGGGAUCAGUAACUCUAGUUCUUGACUAGGAUUACACAUUUUUCUUACACUAAAGUUAUUUCAUAUCAUUUUUUAUUGUGUCUAACCUGAUUUUAGCUCUACUUCCUCUAUCUUCAGUUCAUUUGGAUUUUAUUCUUCAUCAAUAGUAACAAUAAUGUUAAAUUUUUCAUUUGUUUAAUUGUAUUUCUUCUACAAAUAAUUUUGUAUUUAUAGCUAAAUAAUAUAUUCUCAGUUUUAAUAUUUUCUUUUUGUAGGUAAAAAAGUAAGGCGUCGUAUGCAACAAGUAAAUGAAAUUUUCUUACGCACUCUAGAAACACAUUUAGGAGUAUUUAGACAAAUCUUACAGACUGUUCUAAACAUAAUCAUAUUUGAAGAAUGUAGAAAUCAGUGGUCAAUGUCAAGGCCACUUCUUGGACUUAUACUUCUUAAUGAAGAGGUAUUAUUGUUUUAAUGUUUUUUAUGAUUACUUAUUUAUAACUAUAAUAUUUCAUACAUUAUAUAUAUAUAUAUAUAUAUAUAUUUAGUAUUUCAAUCAGUUAAGAGAUAUAAUCUUACAAAGUCAACCAAUUGAUAAACAACCAGCAAUGGCUCAAUGGUUUGAAAUGUUAAUGGAAGGAGUUGAAAGAAAUUUAGCAAGCAGGAAUCGUGAAAGGUAAAUAUUAUAAAUUAAUAUGUAAAGUGUGUAAUACACAUUGAAUUAACUAAAAUCAAUGUUUAAUUAUUUUUUUAUAAGGUUUACUCAGAACUUGUCUUCUUUCAAAAAAGAAUUGACUGAAAAAGGAUCAACAAUAUCUAUGAAUUCUGUGAAUAAUGAAGUGAUGAUAACUACAUAAAAUAUUUGGUUGUUUCAAAUGUAUAAUUCUUAAUUUUAUUGUCUGUAAUGCCAAUAUUAAUAUUUUAGGAAAUAAUAUUGGUUAUUUAUUUAUUUAUUAUUUUUGAGCCAUGUAAAUAACAAAAAUAAUUUAAUCUUUGUAAACAAUUUAUACUAGAAAAUAGGGCCUACCUCCUAGUCAUAGGCAAUUACUGAAAAUUAUUUCUGAUUAUUAUAUAAUUCCGAAUCAGAUGUAUACUGUUUAUUUAAACCAUGUAAAUACAUUUUAUUAUUUUUUAAUGAACAAAAAUUUGAUUAUUGUUUAAUAACUUAGAAGUUGCAAUUGUUAAGAGCAUUUUUAUUUUGAUAUUAACUAAAAUUAAAUACAUCAUAGGUGCAACUAGGGGUCUAGUUCAAAAAUUGAAUAAUGAGAUAAAUUGUUCGUUAUUAUUAUUAGGCAACCAAGGGCAUAGCCAACAUAGGCUUGUGCAGAAUUUUUUGCAGGGAUUGCCAGGACAUAUCAAGAUAUCUCAAUUUUCAACUGUUUUAAAGACAUAAAUCAAAAUUUAUUUUUACACAAUUACAAAGUUCACAAAACAUAG